AUGGUUGUGAGCGACGUCGAGUUCCUGAAUAUCCUGAAGGGGAAACGCAUCAAACUGACCCUUAAGACUGCAUCUUACCUCGGCGUUGUCCAACGUAUCAACCCCAACAAAACGCUGAUAUUGGCGGACGUUGUAAGUGGCAGUAAUGGGUGCAAAUGUCCUGGAUCCAAAAUGUUCUUUGGGCAUGAGAUUCUCAAUGUGGAAUUUACCAGUGAAGCUAACUCUGACAGUGGAAAUAUUCAUGAGCACACACUUGAAGACCACUUGACUGUGAAAAAGUUUCAGCCAUACAAGAACACAAUCACACUGGAUGAUGAUGAUGAAGACGAUGAGGAAUUUAUCAAUUUUGUAGUCAUCGACGAGUUUCAUGAGAAAUUUGGACCUGCUGUGAUGCACAUCAAGAGGCAGCGUGUGAUUGGUGUUGGAGUUGAUGGAGUUGAGGUGUAUGAGCAUGGGAGACUGUGUUGGCUGCAGAUUGCCACUAAAAACAAGGUAUACCUAUUUGAUAUCCUGUUACUUGGAGCCCGAGCCUUUAAGAACGGUCUCUCCAUGAUCCUGGAAAGUAAGCACAUACUAAAGGUCAUUCAUGAUUGCAGAGCAAUUGCUGGAUGUCUGAAUACCCAGUUUGGAGUAAAGUUAACCAACGUCUUUGACACACAGGUGGCAGAUGUCAUGUGCUUCUACUCAGAGACGGGAGGUUUCCUCCCCGAUAGAGUCAGUACUCUCCAGGAGGUGGUGAGUCUCCAUCUGAAGGUACCCUCCUCUCAGCUCUUAUCCCUGAAGAUGAAGUCACAACUCACCAAGGAGGAAAUGGAGAUGUGGUACACACGUCCGUGUCCCAUACCCCUGCUGAAGGUGAUGGCUUUAUCAGUGAUCCACCUGCAGCCACUCAGACUGGUGCUGUUGGAUGCUCUGAUGAUGGACUACAUGGCGCUGGUGGAUUCCUACCUCAACAGCAGCCACUACGCGCCUGAUGAAUUGGGGCACGUAAGCAUGGAAAGUGUGUUGGAGUUGCCCAGAGAGCUCCGGCAGCUGGAGCAGAUGCGUUGUGAGCGCCAGGAGUGGGCUGCCGACCAAUACCCUGUCACUGAGAAGGGUUUGCUGGCUCGCUUCUAUCCCAGAACCAAUAAGACUCCAUCUCACACCUCGCCUGCAGGAGAUGCACAGCCAGACUCCUUUGGACCUGCAACUGUGGAGUCACCUUCAACACAAGUGGACUCUCUCCUUCAACGGCCACCCACGAGGCCCUCGAGGGUCACUGAUGUUUCCUCUGCCCAGUCUGUGGAUGCCCCAACAACUCAGGAUCCAGUCCCUGCCACUGAGUCAGACCUCAGUAAAAAAGUGUCUGGCCUGUCUCUGGGUGUAGGCAGAGGACGCACAGAGGUAGUGAUGGAAACAGUAGGUAGAGGAAGGUCCUUUGGGAAAGAGCAGUCAUGCAUUCAGACCUUGCCUGCCAUAGGAAGAGGCUUUCUUCUCCAAAUACCACCAGCUCAGAUCCCCAUAGAGCGCAAUAGAGACAUGAAAGUUGCUGGUAGGAUGGAAGUGGGUCCUUCAUGCCAUAGCCUCAAGCCCUCCCAAGCAGGAAUGCCCCAGCCUCACACUAGUGCUACUGACUUACCUAAGGACAUUUUUAGCUUGAGAGGAGACCGUUCCUCAGAGAGUUCCAAGUUGCUCUUAUCCUCAUUCAGGUCUUUCAGAUACUGA